CAAAUCUUCCUCUCUCUCUAUACAUCACCCGCAGGUCUCUAUCCGUGCAUCACCAAGAUAUAGCUAGGAGCUCUCUCUCUUGCACACCCACACAUACACACAUACACCCCCAUCGCUGUCUUGGCUUGGCUCACUAAUCACUGCGCAGCUAGCUUCACCGGCCACCAUACCACUACUAGUAGAGCCCUGCUUCCUCCUCCAUCUCGAUCCCUCUUCUCCGUUCCGUUUCAUAAGCGAGCGAGCAAAGCCAGCGCGCAAAGAAUCACCAAAGACCAUCUCCUCAUUCCAAGAGAGGCCGGGAGGCAGCAAAAUAGCUAGCAUAGCGCCUAUGUCGGGCGAGUUCCAGUUCCACGACGAGCUCGCGUCGCUGUUCGCGCAGCGGCCGGGGAGCGGGAUGCAGCAGCAUCAGCAGCAGGAGCAGCAGCAGGCGUCGUGGUUCGCUGAUUACCUGCAGGCGGGCACGCCCAUGGCGAUGGACUACGACCUGCUGUGCCGGGCGCUGGAGCUCCCGGUCGUCGAGGACGUCGUCAAGAUGGAGCAGGUGGUGGACGCGGCGGGCGGCGGCGCCCUGACGCCCAGCGGCGGCACCGGCGGCGGGACGCCCAACACGACGUCGUCGAUGUCUUCGUCAUCGAGCGAGGCGGGCGGCGGAGGCGGAGGGGGAAGCGGCGGCGGCGGAGCGGGGGAUCAGGGAGACUCGGCGGGGAGGUGCAAGAAGGAGGAAGGCGACGGGGAGGGCGGCAAGGGAGACGACGAUGAAGGUGACAAGAGCAAGAAAGGGGCGGCGGCGGGCAAGGGCGGCAAGGCUGGCAAGGGCGAGAAGCGUCCGCGGCAGCCGCGUUUCGCCUUCAUGACCAAGAGCGAGGUCGACCACCUCGAGGACGGCUACCGGUGGCGCAAGUACGGUCAGAAGGCCGUCAAGAACAGCCCAUAUCCAAGGAGCUACUACCGGUGCACGACGCAGAAGUGCGUGGUGAAGAAGCGUGUGGAGCGGUCGUUCCAGGACCCGGCGGUGGUGAUCACCACGUACGAGGGGAAGCACACGCACCCGAUCCCUUCGGCGCUCCGCGGCAGCACGCACCUCCUCGCCGCCCAGGCCGCGCACCUGCACCACCAGCACCUCCACGGCGCCGGCGGCCACCUCGGCUUCGGCGGCGCCCCCGGCUCGCCGUUCGUCCGCAACGCCGGCGCCGGCGGCAUCGAUGUCCUGGGCGGCCUCCUGCAGCCGCGCGCGCACCACCACCACGGCGCCAUGGCGCCGCCCAUGAGCCACGGCCAGCAGCAGCUGGGCGGCUCAGUCAGCACCAGCGUGGGGAGCGCGCUCGCCACGGCCGCCUCGUCGUCUCCGCCGUCGCUCCAGAUGCAGCACUUCAUGUCGCAGGACUUCGGGCUCCUCCAGGACAUGCUCCCCUCAUUCAUCCACGGCGCCAACAGUAACCAGCCUCCUUCGUCGCCAUACGGGAAGCUUCAUUGAUUAACUAGCUAUCCGAUAGUAGAUCAUAAUUAUAAGCAGAGGUUUGGUUAAUUUCUUGCUGUGUUCGAUUAACAUCCCGGCCGGCCACCAGCACCUGCACCCCGAUCGAGAUGAUCGGUCUUGUUUUCCUAGCUUGAUUGGUCACCUGUUUGAUCAGCUGGGUUGGUGUUCUUGUUUUGUUUCCCUUUGAUCGAUCCUGUGCGUGCGGCGAGAUGGCACGGGGUUUUUCUGGGUCUCGCAUCGUUUCCAUGGAUCUAGCUAGUGACUAGCUUGUAGUAGUAGUAGUUCUUGUACAUGUAAGUACCUAAUUCCCCAGCUCUCGUGCAUUGCACUUUGUUGCCGUGGGCAUGAGCUUGAUGAUAAUUUUAUGCUUCUCCUUUAGUUU